AUGCCACGACCGACAUAUACCAUCGAGCAACUCGGCCAGUUUUACGACCGCAUCCGUCUUCCUGAAAAGUACCGAUGCCAUCCCGAUGAUGCCUCGCGGGCUUCCAACGAGGACAGGCUAGACUUCCUCACCACGCUCCAGCGGCAUACCCUAUGCUACGUUCCAUUUGAAAAUCUCGAUCUGCAUUACUCCCGCUGUCCAAACAUCGAUCUUCAUCCGACCUCGCUUUUCCAAAAGAUCGUCUGUCGACCCCAUGGCAAGGUGUCUGAGAGUAAGCGAGGAGGCUACUGUAUGGAGAAUAACACGCUGUUAGCCACGGUACUUCGGAGUCUCGGGUUCCGGGUCAUGAGCGGGAAUGGGGAGCUCAUGUUCUACGGCUUUUCACACAUGGCCAAUAUUGUUACGAUCGGCUCGAUACGAUAUCUGGUCGAUGUAGGAUUCGGUGCGGGAUGCGCCGUCAAACCAUUGCCGUUGGUGGACGGUCAUGAGCAGAGCAAUUUGCCUAUGCAACAAGUCCGUCUACGAUGGGACACGUUAGCGGAGAGCGAGGAUCCUGACGCGAAAUUGUGGAUUUUGGAGAGGAGAGACGCGGCGGCGGAGCCGUGGUCGGCUGUGUAUUGCUUCCCGGAUCGAGUGGAGUUCCUCCCGGCUGAUUUUGCGGUGAUGAAUCAUUUCACCAGCACUUCGAGAGCAUGCUUUUUCACGCACACGGUGGUGGUUGUCAAAUAUCUGCUGAGCGAGGAUGGGUCGCAGGUGAUUGGGGAGAUGGUCUUGGUAGGCGAUCGACUGCACUGGAGGGUCGCAGGACGGAAGGAGAUCCUCGGUGUCUUGACCAAUGAAAGUGAACGAGUCGACGCCUUGGAGAAGUUUUUCGACAUCCGACUCACCGAGAUGCAGCAGAGCGCUAUCUUGGGGUUGGGAAGCAUGCUGGGAGAACCAUGA